AUGAAUAGCGGUCGGGCACGUGUACCGAAAUGUGCUCGAUGUCGAAAUCAUGGCCUUAUAUCUAGUCUACGUGGCCACAAAAAGGCAUGUGCCUAUCGAGAUUGUCAGUGCCCCAAGUGUGGAUUGAUAAAGGAGAGGCAAAGGAUCAUGGCUGCUCAGGUCGCUUUAAAAAGGCAGCAAGCGGCAGAAGAUAAAAUCGCUCUACAUUUAGCUUCAGUCGAGAGUGGAACAGCUAUGGAGGCUUUACCACCCGGCCGUAUAUACGGUAUGCGAGUUACGGGUCCCUGUCCUAGUCCUGGUCCCGAACCAGAUUCUGCUGCUGAUGAUCAAACUCCGAUACAUAUCGAUAGCGAGACAAGCGAUUCUCUACCGGACUGUUGCAGCGUGACUCCCGAUUCCGUCGGAAACACUAACAUAGCGACACGAUCAUGCAUAGAUUCGAAUGAGGAAAGUUCAAGCAGCGUGAGUUCUGCGGGGUUGGAGAUGUUACGUAAGCUGUUUCCAGGGAAGAAGCGAUCUGUAUUGGAGCUCGUACUGCGACGAUGCAACCACGAUCUGCUCCGUGCUGUUGAACACUGUAACGCCAUACAUGUAAAGAAUUUCAUUUUACAAAAGGCUCAUCGAGACAAAUCGUCUGCAAGCAUUGAUUCAAGCUCGAGUCUUAGAUUUGAGUCAGUAUCUAGUUCAGAAGAAGUAGAAACUAGAUGGUCUGCUUUUCGUCCGGUCGGGCCCAGAGCGCCGUUGCUACCUACGCUUGUGAUGGGUCGAGUGUGUGGUUCGGAAUGGCUGGUACCGCUGCCAGCGCUUCCUACACUAUCUGCUCCAUUACUGUUGCCGCUUCAGCAUCCACAUGCCCCGCCUACAUCUUGUACUCCUGAUUGCAGACAAUGUAACAGCCAUCAUUAA